GAACUGUUCCCAGAGUUCUUAUGCUUUUGCUAUUGCUUGUUCACUUAUGCUUUUUAAGCUUUAUUUUUUUUGGUGCUUGCUCAUGCAAAUCCAGACUGAUGCUGGGGUGUUCAGUGUUUAUCUUCUGGGUAGAGCACGCAACCCUUGACAGAGCUGACAAAUAUCACAUUAUUCCAUCAUUGUUUCCCGCAGGUAGGUCCAAAAAGCUCUUUUCGAUCUUGCAUAUAUAAAUCUACUAUCCUCGAGCUACACACCACUUUCAUAAGUUGGCUUUAGACUCUUGAUCAUCAUGUGGCUUCUGUUGGCAUUCUGCUUGACCUCCUCACUCAUCCACUCAGUUCAAAUGCUGCAAUGUUGGGGUGGGUUCAACUAUCAGAACGAAUCUUUAAUAGCCUGUCCUGCUAACUAUUAUUGUGCUGUUAUCCAGUCAGGCAAUUCUUCAACCGUACAGACUUGCCGAUCUAAUGAAAACCCCUGUAAUUUCUCAACACCCACAAGUGUUAAUUUUGGGUUUUAUGAUGAAAUACAGUCAUGCUGUGACACAGAUGGAUGUAACAAUGGCAGUCUGCCUGAAAAAAACAAUGUCCCGAAUGGACUUAAGUGUGACUCAUGCAACAAUAUCAAAGACAAAAAGUGCAACACUCCACUGUCCUGUGUGGGAGCCCAGGAAUGCUGCUUCAAUAUGACAGAUUUUGAAGUGUUGGGAAAUUACACAUUGAAGGGCUGUGCUUCAAAAAAUUUUCGUGGAAUCUCAUCAAACUCCACAGUCUCGCUUAGCUGCUACAAUAAAGGGAAUCUAAAUCCUACCCCUAAACCCACCACUAACACUACUACUUACACUAACUUUACCUCUUCAAAUGCAGUUCAGAUGCUGCAAUGUUGGAUUGGGUUAAACUAUCAGAACGCAUCUUUAAAAGCCUGUCCUGCUAACUAUUAUUGUGCUGUUAUCCAGUCAGGCAAUUCUUCAACCGUACAGACUUGCCUGUCUAAUGAGAAAACCUGUAAUUUCACAACACCUACAAUUGUUAAUUUGGGGUUUUAUGAUGUAAUACUGUCAUGCUGCAACACAGAUGGCUGUAACAAUGUCAGUCUGCCUGAAAAAAACAAUGUCCCGAAUGGACUUAAGUGUGACUCAUGCAACAGUACGGAAGACAGAGAGUGCAAAACUCCACUGUCCUGUGUGGGAGACCAGGAAUGCUGCUUCAAUAUGACAGAUUUUGUAUUGUUGGGAAAUUACACAUUGAAGGGCUGUGCUUCAAAAAAUUUUCGUGGAAUCUCAUCAAACUCCACAGUCUCGCUUAGCUGCUACAAUAAAGGGAAUCUAAAUCCUACCCCUAAACCCACCACUAACACUAAAUCUACUUACACUAACUUUACCUCUUCAAAUGCAGUUCAGAUGCUGCAAUGUUGGAGUGGGUUAAACUAUCAGAACGCAUCUUUAAAAGCCUGUCCUGCUAACUAUUAUUGUGCUGUUCUCCAGUCAGGCAAUUCUUCAACCGUACAGACUUGCCUGUCUAAUGAGAAAACCUGUAAUUUCACAACACCUACAAUUGUUAAUUUGGGGUUUUAUGAUGUAAUACUGUCAUGCUGCAACACAGAUGGCUGUAACAAUGUCAGUCUGCCUGAAAAAAACAAUGUCCUGAAUGGACUUAAGUGUGACUCAUGCAACAGUGCAGAAGACAAAGAGUGCAAAACUCCACUGUCCUGUGUGGGAGCCCAGGAAUGCUGCUUCACUAUGACAGAUUUUGAAGUGUUGGGAAAUUACACAUGGAAGGGCUGUACUUCAAAAAAAUUUCGUGGAAUCACAUCAAACUCCACAGUCUCGCUUAGCUGCUACAAUAAAGGGAAUCUUAAUCCUACCCCUAAACCCACCACUAGCACUAACACUAAAUCUACUACUUACACAAAAUUUACUUCUAAAUAUACCCCAGGCAACAAAAGUGCAUCUUGGCUGAGAGUCCACACCUGCAGUCUUCUACUGAUGAGUCUUAGUGCCAUUUUCUUGAAGGAGGUUAAUUAAAUCAUGAAAACAAAAAAAGAUAGGGGAGAACCGGGGCGAAAGUAACGCAGGACAAAGUAACAAAGUGAUUUUCUUCGAGCUCUGAUUACAUCUGCAUUCCAAACUACACUCUAAAAAAACAAACGGUGCUAUAUAGAACCAAAACUGUUGAUUUGAAUCGUAACCAUAGAAGAACCGUUUUUAGUGCCAUAUAGCACCGGUGAAGCACCUGUGUAGAACCAUACAGGGGCCAUAUAGAACCACUAUAGCACCACAUUUGGUUCUACAUAGCACUAUAUGGUUCUACACAGGUGCUUCACCGGUGCUAUAUGGCACUAAAAACGGUUCUUCUAUGAUUACGAGCAAAGAACCACUUUUGGUGCUAUAUAGCACCGUUUGUUUUUAGAGUGUAUGACAGCAUUUUUACUACGCAAUCCUUGUGUUUUUUUAUAACGUGUUGUGUUUCCUGUUUUAUGUGUUACAGUUCUGAUCAAUCUACAGCAGGGGUGUCUAAAGUCGGUCCUGGAGGGCCGGUGUCCUGCAGAGUUUAGCUAAAAUUUCCCUCAACACACCUGCUUCAAAGUAUCUAGGCUGCGUUCGAUACCGCAUACUGUUCAGUAAGUACUGAAUGAGAUGAACUACUUACUUACUGACCGUUAAAACAGUAGGUACUGUAUAGUAUGAAUCCUGGUAGUAUGAAUGCGAUUCGGACGUACUACAUCCACCAUGUUGAUUCAUCAUGUGACAUACAUCAUCAUCAUGUCAUGUCAUACCAGCGCGAAAAUGGCCGCAUUGCCGCUUUCACCCUUUCGUCUUUGUUGCAUAACUCCACUCCUGGGGCAUCAUGGGAUAGUGAAGUGUCCAUCGUAUGCACGCUUCAAAAUCUAACCGGAAGUAGUAGGUCAUCUGGGUACUUUUCGCAUACUGUUUUUGGAAUACUACGUAUUCGGACAUACUACUCGCCUCGCCUACUGCUUUUCGCCUACUAUAUAGUAUGGAAGUAGCCAGUUUCGGACGCAGCACUAGUCUGCCUUGUAAGACCUUGAUUAGCUGGAUCAGGUGUGUUUGAUUAGGGUUGGAAUAAAUCUCUGCAGAGACACCGGCCCUCCAGGAGCAGGAAUGGACACCCCUGAUCUACAGAUUAUUUAGUGCUCCAACACAUCUUGAAGUUUGCCUGCAGUUUUUCAAAAUAAAAGUAAAUCGGGUUUAAAGCAACACUAUGUCGUUUUUUACCUUUAAAUAAUGUCUCUAAAAUAAUUUCAGUGAUAGAACAACUUUUAACUGGACAAAUUGUACUGUUGCUGCAACCUGAGUAGCCUCCUAGCUGCUACAAGCAGACUCUGAAAGUGGCGGUGGAGGGUAGAGCACACAGCCACGCCCCUCCCCCUGCCUGCUGAUACCAGGCACUGUUGCGCUUUUCAACCACAUGGGGGAGCUGUAAGUCAUUUUGACAUGGAAACUACAUAGUGUUGCUUUAAAUGCCAGGAGUUCCUGCUGGGACAAAAGUAACACUUGUUACUUUUGUCCCGCUGCUAAUACUGAUGCAUUAUUUUCAGUAGGCUAUAUUUUUCUAAUUUGAUUUAAUAGGGUUAGGUUUAUUAAUAGGUUUAUUUUUAUAGUGUUCAUACGGUUGAAAAAAUGUAUUCUCAACAUUUCAAGUGUGUACUGUCGGGUUGCUUUUGAAAUAUUUGAUGAAUUGAAAUUUAAAAUGAAAAUGUUAAUUAGUUUUUGCAAACAUAAAGGACAAAAUAUGUUUGCACUUACAUAUUCGCAAAAAUAUAUCUCUACCUAAAACAUUAUGUUUUAAAUUAAGUUUUUUUGAAAAAUGGUACUUUCGCUCCUUCUCUCCCAUACUGACUCAAUAUGGAAAAGGGCUAUGUAAUUAUUUUAUGUAAAUACUUCCUCAAUUAUGUUUGCUCAUAAAUUUUUUUAUGUAAGCAGGUUUGGGUAACUACAGGGAUUGGCUUAAUAAUUUCUCAUUUAUAAAUAACACUAAUUGUAAGACAUUACAAGAAAAAUCUGUCAAGGUGUAAACAAUGUUUAAUUCAAUGUUUAAUAAUCAAAACAAAAACCCUUCACAACAAAUGUUUCACAUACAUUGGUAACACAUGGCAUAGUUUAAGCUUAAAAUAAGUCUAUAAUAUUGUAAUAUGUUAAUAAAUAUAUAAUAUGAACAUAAAAAUUGUUACUAGUACAUUAACACUUAAUGUCAGCAACAUGAUGUAAUUCAUGCUCCAUUAAUCUACAGUGAGAUUAAAGGUGCAUUCUGUAACUUUAAGAAGGAUCUCUUGACAUAAAUGCAAUAAAAUAUAUAUAAGUAUAUGAUCAGUGGUGUAUAAAGACCUUACUUAAUGAACUGUGUUGUUUUUAUUACCUUCAAAUGUUUUUAUCUACACUGUGGGUCCUCUUUCAUGGAAGUCACAUCGCCAUGUUUCUACAGUAGCCCUAAAUGGACA